AUGGCUGCGUCUCAGCCGCAGGGUCCAGCGGCUUCUGCCUCCGGUGUGUCGGGUCCAGGUUCAGCUGGUGGCCUGGGUACCCAGCAGCAACCGCAACCACCUACCCAGCUGGUGGGGUCUGCCCAGGGCGGGCUCUUGCAGCAACAGCAGCAAGACUUCGAUCCUGUGCAGCGGUAUAAGAUGCUCAUCCCACAGCUGAAGGAGAGUCUGCAGACUUUGAUGAAAGUUGCAGCCCAGAACUUGAUUCAGAACACUAACAUAGACAACGGACAAAAAAGCAGUGACGGACCCAUCCAGCGCUUUGACAAGUGUCUGGAGGAGUUCUACGCCCUCUGUGACCAGCUGGAGCUCUGCCUGCGCUUGGCACAUGAGUGCCUGUCUCAGAGUUGCGACAGCGCCAAGCACUCUCCCACGCUGGUGCCCACAGCAACCAAGCCAGAUGCAGUACAGCCUGACAGCCUACCCUAUCCUCAGUACCUGGCAGUGAUCAAAGCCCAGAUUGCCUGUGCCAAGGACAUUCACACCGCUCUGCUGGACUGUGCCAACAAGGUUACUGGGAAGACUUCUGCACCACCUACUGGCUCUGGGAGUGCCUUGUGA